CAAAGUGUUCAUAUAUUAAAAUUAUAAAAUUGUGAUAAUUACAAGAGUUAAAAACUACCUACAAAUUAAAUAUUUAUUACGAAAAACAUAAUGUCGGGUAAAGUGUUACAUGUAGAAAAUUCUAGAACUGCAUUAACCGUAUCUGCAUCAGGUACACCAAAUGCAAAACAUUAUCCACAAUAUACUGCAGCUAUACUUGCAACGUUGAGCGCAUUUGCAGCUGGUAGCACAUUGUCUUGGUCGUCACCAGCGUUGCCAUUGCUAGAAUCACCGGAUUCGUUAGUACACAUUAGUAAGGAACAAGGUACAUGGAUAAGUUCGAUAAUUACAUUAGGAGCUUGUAUUGGAGCUAUUCCUGCUGGAUUAAUGGUGAAUGGAAUUGGACGUCGUACGUCGUUACAAAUACUCGGUACUGGGCUGCUGGUAUCAUGGUUCCUGAUCGGUUACAGUACAUCGUUUAAUGUGUUAUUCAUUGGGCGCGCAUUAGCUGGGGUUUGUAUCGGUGCUAUUAGUGUUGCAGCGCCAUUGUAUGUAUCAGAGAUCGCAGAACCAAGAUUACGUGGUACAUUGGGUUCAUUGUUUCAACUACAGAUUACACUAGGUGUUUUGUUUGAAUAUGUUAUUGGAGCUAUGUUGAACGAUUUCUUAGUUUUGGCGUUAAUAACAGCAUUGGGGCCAUUGAUAUUUAUCACUACCUUUUCAUUUAUGCCCGAAUCACCCGUAUAUUUAUGUAGUAAAGGUAAAGAGCGUAGUGCACGCAAAGCAUUACAAUGGUUCCGUGGUGAGCGUUAUGAUAUUGAAGAUGAAUAUACACGUAUGGGCGAUGCUAUUCAAGAACAAAAGAAUAAUGAAAGUUCAUUAAGUGAUAUAAUUCAAUCAAGAUCAUUGGUACGUGCAUUAAUUAUUUCACUUGGCUUAAUGUUUUUCCAACAAAUGAGUGGUAUUAAUGCAGUUAUAUUUUAUACAAGUAAAAUAUUUUAUGAUGCUGGUAGUACUAUUAAACCGGAGUUUUGUUCAAUUAUUAUUGGAGCUUUUAUGAUGGGUGCAACAUACGUAUCAACAUUAUUAAUGGAUCGUGCUGGACGCCGCAUACUCUUACUUAUCUCUGGAUCAAUAAUGUCAUUAUGCUUAGGAUGUUUAUCAGCAUAUUUUCAUUUUGCAACGAAAUAUGACUUACGGGAAUAUUCAUUUAUACCAUUGAUUAGUGUUGCACUAUUCAUUGUAGUGUUCUCAUUAGGUUUUGGUCCAAUUCCAUGGUUAAUGAUGGGAGAAAUUUUCCCAUCAAAUGUAAAAGGUCCAGCUAGUUCAUUAGCUGCAUCAUUUAAUUGGAUAACUGCUUUCAUUGUAACAAAAACAUUUGAGCCAAUUGUUGGAACAAUUGGAUCGUUUGCCACAUUCUCCAUAUUUACGUGCGUUUGUAUAUUUGGUACAAUAUUUGUCUUGGUGCUGGUACCUGAAACUAAGGGUAAAAGUGUGGAAGAAAUUCAAGCAGAAUUGAGUGGUGAAGAGGAAAACGGAAAAGUAGAAUUUAUUUUGAGUUUAGAACGUGGAACAAAAGUUUCCAUGAAUACAAAUAUUGAUUAAUUUUCACUGAUAAAGCAAGCAUAUAAACCGCUUUAUAUAUUUUAAAAUAAUUUGCAUACAUAUGUUCAUGAAUUCACUAUUUUUAUUAAGUAGAAAUUUUUCAAUGUUCCUAGCGCUUUCUCUAUUUUGAACGUAGAAAAUACUCUUUCUGUCUUCAUUGCACUCAAACUCCAAUACAGAUAAAUCACGGAUAACAAAGUAGAAUCUAGUUGAGAAAGAGAAAAGCAAUACUGAUCUCAAUCGGAUAGAGUGAAUCGAAUACAUUUUCAUACGCACAUUUUAGCAAAAUAUAGUAUGUAUCUACAUUAACAAACUGUCGGUACAGAUAGUAAGUUUAAUUUACUUUUCACUUUAUGUAAUAUUCAGUCAUUUUAUAAAUGCACUAUUGCAAUUUACUUAUCGUUGUUUAACAACUUCUUCAUCAGCUUUGCAGUCAUUCCUUUUUAUCAUUUUCAACCUGGAAAUGAGUUAAAAUUAAAACGUAAUA